AUGAUCAGAAUUGGUACGUCGAAACGUUAUCCACAAACACAAAUGCGAGAUGUGAAUAUUCGAUGUGUAAUUGGAGCCAAUCUCGCUGGUAUCGGCGACCAAGGUCUGGCAAAAUUAUUUGGAAUUUUAAACGUACCACCUCCCAUCGAUGACGACCAUUAUUCACACACCGUCGCUCAUGUCCUGCCUAGUCUUCGAGCUCAUCAACAAAACUCUAUGUCGACAGCCGUUGAAGAAGCUUGUACUCAAUCAGACGGUCGACAGUUGAGUGUAAGUGGAGAUGGGAGCUGGCAGCGUCGUGGAUUUUCAAGUUUGAAUGGCGUAGCCGCAGUCAUGUCCAGCUCAACAACCGCCAAAGUGUUGGAUAUUGAACGAAUGUCGAAGAAGUGUUCGACGUGUAUCGGUGCCCUCAGUAUUAAACAUGUGAACAGAGAAAAGUAUGAAGAAAUUAUUAACAAACAUAGUUGUGAAAUGAACCACAUAGGAUCAUCUGGUGCAAUGGAGGUGGACGGAAUCUAUCGCCUAUUUGAACGUUCCCAACGUCUAUAUAAUGUUCAAUAUGUCAAUUACAUCGGUGAUGGCGAUGCUAAAAUUCUUCCAAAAUUACUCAGUAAUCCUCCGUACGACAACAUAAAAAUCAACAAGAUUGAAGACAUCAACCAUUUUUCGAAGAAAAUGUUACAUCGUCUACAAAAAAUUGCACAAGAUUUGAAGAAAAUUAAGAUUGAUGGGAAAAUGGGGAUUGGAGAUAUGAUGAUCAAUUUUAAAUAUUAUUAUCGUCAAGCAAUCGUACGAAAUAAAACAAAUCUCGACGAAAUAGUAAAAUCAGUUUGGGCUAUAUGGAAACAUAAAGCAUCGACUGAUUUAGAACCGCAUCAUGGGUGGUGCUCACCGAUGUUUUGUGGAUUUAUGAAAGCAUUGGAAGAAGAUAAAGAAUAUGAUCACACGAGACACACUCUUCCAUUGGCUGUGAUGAAUGCCAUCCGUCCAGUAUUCACUGAAUUAGAUAGUCGUGAUACUCUAAAAAGAGUGCUCAAUGGGAGCUCUCAAAAUGCGAAUGAAAGUUUUCAUUCCAUUUUAUGGAGUUUUGCGCCAAAAAAUCGAUAUUCUCCCGGCUCAAUCGUUGACGUAUGUGUGGCUCUCGCCGUCCUCGUGUACAACGAUGGUGAUCAAUCAAUUAUUCCAGUGGUCGAACCGCUGACAGGUGGUGGGGGUGGCUAUCAUACCAGGGUGGCAAUGGAAAGAUGUGAUAAACUUCGUGUUUAUUACGAACACAAAAAGAAACGCAAAGCAGACGUGCGAGCGAAAAUGACCGAAGAAGAACGAAAACAACAAGAAGAAAAGGAACAAGACGAUGAUGAACAGUUGGACGACUCGUACUUGCCCGGUGCAUAUUAG